AUGGCUAAAACGGUCAGAAUGGGAUGUUUUCUCUUGUUCUCUAGUAGUGCGGAGGGGAAGUUUAAGAUGAUGGAUACUCAGAUAAAAAAAGAAGAGGAUGAUGAAGAAGAAGAUGAUGAGGGAAUGGAUGACUACUCUCAAGCUGCUGAUUACCUGGCGCCCAAGCCUCAAGCCAAUGCAAGCAAGAGGGCCAAAAAAGAUGAUGACGAAGAUGACGUAAAGAUAGAAUCCUACAUAAACAAAGAUCCUACAACGAUUUCGGUGAAAGCGAUGAGGAAACUGAUCCCAAAGUUGAGGAUCGAGUGUUACUACUCGGAACAGGAAAUAUCCGGGAAGAAAAAAUUAAAGCAUCUUUGGGAUCAGAAGCCGACGGACUGGCCUAAUUCAGUCCCAUUCAAGGAUCCCAACAAUCCCGGCAAGGAUGGUACCACCGGAUUAAAUGCUCCUUCUAAGAAACCAGGUAAGCAAGAUCUCAAGGAGAUGUAUGUCUACCUGAAGAAGUGCUACAUAGAGAAGCAGCAGCAGCUCUUCAACAUACGUCCCAGCAACGACGAUGGUGACGUCAAAAGUGACGUCCUCACCUCUCAAGAUCAUCAUCACCAGGGGGGAAACAAGUUUGGAUUUUCCCCGAAGAUCGCGGAGUCAAAUCGUUCUCCAGAUUGCGAAUUCAGUGGACACGUCGUGCAAACUGAUGACAAGGACUCAAAAAUCACCAUUGAGCAGUGCGAUACACCGCCAUAUACGUUCUAG